AUGGCGUCUUCUCUCGUUCUGAAGAGGCUGGUCCGGGUCGCACCUAACCUCCUCCGUAGGUCAGCGGUGGCUCGGCCUUCAGCCUCCCGCCUCUUCAACACAAAUGCUGUCCGCGAGUCCGGCGGCGAUGACGACGAUCGCCCUGCAGAGCAUCGUGUGCUCUCCACCUUCUCAGACAUAUUCUGUCAAUAUCUCGAAAGAAGCAGCCUGAACAUAAUCAUGAAAUUGGAUGAAUUACUGAAAUCUCCUCCGAGAUCGACGACGGUCCUCAGGAACUGGGAUGCUCGGGAGACUGCGGAUUGGAUCCAGCUGCGAAUGGACAUGCCUGGGCUGGGGAAGGAGGACAUCAAGGUGUCGGUGGAGCAUAACACUGUGACCAUCGAGGGGAAGAAGAAGAAGGAAUGCGAUGAAGACGAAGAAGAUGGCGGCGGCCGGAGGAGGUGCACGUACAACAAGGUAAUAGAUCUACCGGCGGGGAUGUACAAUACUAGCGAGAUAAAGGCCGAAAUGAAGAAAGGUGUCCUCAAGGUGUUUCUGCCGAAGAUCAAACAGAUGAGUGGUGUUUUCUAUGUUAAUAUUGGGUGA